GUGAGGAAGGGCUGUAGUGGCUGCGGUACUGCGGAGGGCUCUCGGAGGCCAGAGCUCUCUUUCGGUUCGCUGUGGGGCACAGUCUCGGGUGGCCUGACCCACGGCGCUCGGGCGGGCUGUGCGGGGAGUGGCGCCGGACGCUGGCGGCUCCCGCGGUGGGGAGGGGCGGCGGCGCAGCCGCAGACCCCGUCUCCUGGCCGUCUCUGGGUAGCCGCAGGGCCGGUGCCUGGAGCCGGGUCGGACGUUAGCCCGGUGGGACGUUGGCGCCGAACUCCGUCAGAUUCGGGCCUUGCGGCCUUCGCCACCGCGCACCCAGGCUCCCCUUGGCCUGUCUCACUUCCACUAAUUGUGAUUUUGCUUCAUUUCUAGGCACAUGUCCCCACCAUGCUUUCCUGUGACAUCUGUGGUGAGACAGUAGCCACAGAACUAGAUAUGAAGGCUCAUCUAAUUGUUCACAUGGAAAACGAAGUUACAUGUCCAUUUUGCAAGUUGUCAGGUGUAAAUUAUGAUGAAAUGUGUUUUCAUAUUGAAACUGCUCAUUUUGAGCAGAAUACACCAGAAAGAAACUUUGGGAAACUAAAUGCAAUGCAGUAUGAAAAUCCAGACAGCCAGAAUACCACCCUACAGAGGACAAUGGAAGUUCAUUCAAGUAUUCAUUCAGCUUGUGCAUCUAAUUUUCCAAAAAAUUCAGCCCAAAGCGUUCCUAAAGAUGAGACUUUAAAACAUGAAGCUUUUCAUACAGAGAGGGUAACGGAAUCUAGACAGUACCUGAGAAGCCCAGAAAAGCAGUCUGGAUUGUCUCCAGUGCCAGGAUCAAUUUACGAGACAACUUACAGUCCUCCUGACUGUCCCUUUUGUGGAAAAAUAGAGGGGUGUAGUCAAGAUAUGGAGACGCACGUGAAAACAAAACACGCCAGUCUUUUAGAAACUCCAUUAGAAGACUGUCAUCAACCACUCUACGACUGUCCCAUGUGCGGGCUCGUCUGUACAAAUUACCAUAUUCUCCAGGAACAUGUGGAUUUGCAUUUAGAAGAAAGCAGCUUUCAAGAAGGUAUGGACAGAGUCCAGUGUUCUGGUGAUCGAGAAUUAGCUCAACAGCUUCAACAAGAAGAAGACAGGAAGAGGAAAUCUGAAGAAUCAAGACAAGAAAGGGAAGAGUUCCAGAAGUUGCAGCGGCAAUAUGGUUUAGAUAAUUCUGGUGGAUACAGACAACAGCAGCUACGGUACAUGGAGAUGGAAGUAAACAAGGGAAGAAUGCAUCCCUCUGAAUUUCACAGCAGAAAAGCAGACAUGAUGGAAUCAAUAGCUAUUGGUAUUGAUGAUGGAAAAACGAAAACUUCCGGAAUUAUUGAAGCCCUCCAUAGAUAUUAUCAGAACACUGCCACAGAUGUGAGGUGUGUGUGGCUCUCUACAGUGGUGGACCACUUUCAUUCCUCCUUUGGGGACAAAGGUUGGGGUUGUGGUUAUAGAAAUUUCCAGAUGCUAUUUUCAUCAUUACUACAAAACGAUGUGUAUGGUGACUGCUUGAAAGGUAUGUCCAUUCCUUGUAUUCCAAAAAUUCAGUCCAUGAUUGAAGAUGCAUGGAAGGAAGGUUUUGAUCCUCAGGGAGCCUGUCAACUUAAUAACAAAUUACAGGGAACAAAGGCCUGGAUUGGAGCUUGUGAGAUUUAUACACUUCUGACCUCACUGAGAGUAAAGAUACAGCCCACUGUGGUGGGGAAACAGAAGGUGCAGAAAGUAGACUGGCUGUCAUACUGCAUCAGCAUUCACGAAGCAUAGCAUCAGUAGGAAAUGGGAACCUGCUAUAAAGUUCCGGACCUGCCUCCAGUGAUCUCCUUCCUCCAGCAAGCCUCCACCCCUAGAGUUUUCACAACCUUCUCAAAUAUCUCUUCCUGCUGAGAUCAAGUCUAAUGUAGCCUACAAGGGACAGUGCACAUUCAGAGUAUGGCAGAAACCAUUAACAGUUUUUUUUUUAUCUUUUUGAGAUUUUAUUGCUAUGAGAGACAAGGAUGCAUUGUUUAUGCUGGAAUUUAAAAUAAUCAAGCUAUUAAAUGCUUUUGGUUAUGCUUUAUAGUACAUUUUUUUUUUGUGUGUGGCGUAGAAGUGAACCUAGUUCAACAAUCUGAUUUAUUCAAGAUUACUUAAAGGAAACAUGCCACCAUAGUCUGGGCCAGACAGGAGACACUGGGUGGAGAGGGGAGAACUCACAUAUUUCUAUGCUGUUCACCAAUAUUGUCUGUAACAGGAACUAAAAAAAAAAUCAAAUAUACUCUGAAUAUUUUUAUAUUUACUUAUUUAUUUUUGGAGUAAAGUAUUUAGAAUGCUUUUGAUGUAAAAAUGACUACUACUGAGGAUUAAAAUCAGAAUUCAGAUUUUUUUCUUUUAAAUAAAGACACAAUAACUUGA